UGUAUUUAGAUAAAUUAAGAUCGUUUUUGUGUUGGACGCAACGAGAAUCAGCUGAGAACAGACGACACGUCACGCACAACAACAAGCCAUUUGGGAAAAUGAAAAUCUCACGCAGCUACUGAACCUCUUCUACUCUUUGGACAUCAUUUACAACGUAUAUUUGCGUAUGUGCCAAUAUUUUUCUAAUAUUCAUAAGAUGUCGGAGAAACUACAGAAUAAUCCUUUUGCUGCAUUGUUCUGCUCAGUGAAGGAUGCAGAACAGUUCAGCAAGCAGCACCAAGACACUGACCCAGAACCUCUCCAUGACAUUCCUGGAAGUCCAGAUAAUGGUUGUGAGGAGAAAACAACAGCCUUCCUUGAGGAUAUGUUGUUGGUGACCACCAGACCGGGGCCUCAUGCCUUCCCUCGGGUGCUGCUUGCAGACUCUGACAUGCUCACCAUUGACACUCUCCAAUUUCUGCUGUUUGAGCGAUUGCUUCUGGAGACUCCAGACGCUCACCUGGUUGGCCCAGGAGAUGAGGGAAGAGAGGAGGCUGGGAGAGUGGAAGUGGUGAUGUACCUGAGUGAGGUGUACUGGCGAUGCUGGGCUGCGCGAGAAAGACCUCUAGCCCAUGUACUCAAACAGGUUCAAGGAGCUGUUAUCACCAAUCUGGCCACAGCUUUAGAACAGCCUGAGCUGUACCGUGGUCAGCACCCAGACCGCCAGUUUCUCCAAAUUCUCUUGAGAGGUUUGGGCCAAGAAGCUGCUGUGGAUGACCUUACCUGUAAACUCAUACAUCACUUGGUUGAACAGGGAAUGACACCUCCACCACUAUUUGAUCAGCUUAUUACUGAAGUGGCCAAACAGCUUGAACAGUGUUCCCUUAUGACAGUAAAUUACCAGCUGGUGAACAUACUGGACUUUUAUGCUGCAUCACCAUAUCUUGCAACUCUUCUCACCAAAAUCCCCAAAAAGGUGAACCAAGACAGGUCAGGUCGACUGUUCCAGAAUACACCCUUAGGCAGUCUGUUAUCCAUAUCAUGCCUUCCUAAGCACAGUACAGCGCCAUUUGAAUUCUUUGAGAAGCCAUCAUCACAGCUGAACCAGGCCCAGGCUCUCAAGGACACAGAGAACAGCAUAUGGCUGGCCCAGAAUGCUAUAAAUUUAAGGCUUUACAAAAUAUUCUUCUCCCUACUUAAGGUAUCACCAGAAGCCAAGGCUGGAUUGUUGACUUGGAUAGAAUCGUGCUUGGAAGCAAACAGUGGUCGUGCUGGCACGUGGCACAUUCAAGGUGAUAUGCGUCUACAAGAUGUUCUUUUUGUUCCUGAUGGUUUCAUGAUUAAUCUUGGGGCAGUGAUGUUGCAGUUGGCACAGCCAUUUACACAAGACCUUAAGACUGCCAAAAUACUGAAGGUUGAUCCCACAUAUUGUGCUGCUCCAAGAGUUGGUAGCAAUAAUGAAGUUCCUGGAGCCUACACAGGAGACCUUGGGAAGCAGACUCCACUGGUUCCAUACCAAGAGAAUUCUUCACGCUCCUAUUCCAAGAAAUAUUCUUUUAUCAGUACCUGCUUCUUCUUGACACACCGAGCACUGUACCUUGGCAUACAGGUGGUUCUGCAAAAGCUUCAGAAGUUGUCCCAGGAGCUGGGCCGUCUCCAGCGUGAUGCUGAAGAGACCUCUGCUCAGGGGUCUCCUCCCACAGAGAUGAUGAGCUCACUCUUGGAGUCACUUACCUCCAAAUAUUUCUCCAUCAAAACUGCUGUAUUUGAACCCCAUAUGGUUGAAAGUUUGUUGCAAUUUCUGGCGGCCUCUGCUGAGUGGCUUGUACAGAUGGCACUCUGCCCCCUAGAUCAACUUAGUCCACCUACUACUCUGCUGGAAAUUAAGAUGCCCCUUCCUGAAGAUACAGACACACACCCUUUCUUGCAGUGUAUUCCUGAAUUUCUCGUGGAGACUCUUACGGAAACUAUCAUUGCCAUUCCGAGAUACAGUGUAACCCUCUUAGAUUCAACGGGGGGCAGCCUAGUGCUGCCUCAUCUUAUGUCCUUCGUAGUAGUGUUCAUGGGCUCCCCUAAACGGAUGUAUAACCCCCACCUCCGAGCCCAUCUUGCUGAAUGCUUAGAAAUUCUCCUUCCAGAAAGUGGUAAUUCCAGUGGUGGAUUACUAGCUGGUUAUCGAGAGCAGAUGUUCACCAACCACCCUGCAGCUUCACAGCUUGUUACGGCCCUCAUACAUGUUUUUGUCAGCAUUGAAAUGACUGGUCAGAGCGUUUCUUUUGAGGAGAAGUUCAACUAUAGAAGACCAAUGUAUGAAGUGAUUAAGUUCUUGUGGGAGUCACCCAGACAUAGAAAAAAAUUUAAAGAAUUAGCUGAAGAAUCUUUAGCCAACAUGGAGUCGGCCAAGCCUCCACUCUUCCUCCGGUUUGUCAACCUGUUGAUGAAUGAUGCCACUUUCUUGCUUGAUGAAGGAAUGUCUUACAUGUCACAGCUUCGAGAAAGUCAGAGAGAGAGGAACAGUGCAGAGUGGUUGAGUUUACCUGCCUCCCAACGGGAAGAAAGUGGACGCAAUUUCACACAUAUGUCACUCUUAGCUCGUUUCCACAACAUGCUUGGAGCCCACACCAUUAAGACAUUGCUACUGCUCACCAAGGAGAUCCCACACAUGUUCACUCACAGCACCCUUGUGGACCGCAUGGCUGGAAUGCUCAACCACUUCCUCUCUGCCCUUGUUGGUCCCAAGCAGCGGAACCUUAAGGUUCGUGACAUGGAGGACUACAAGUUCCGUCCUGGUGAGACAGUCUCUGAUAUAUGCACGAUAUAUACCCACCUGUUUAACAGUGCAGAAUUUUGCCUUGCUGUGUCAGGUGAUGGAAGAUCUUACACUCCUGAGCUGUUUAUCAAAGCUUAUGAUGUACUCUAUCGUAUUGGACGUGCACCACUGGCGGAGGAAUUACAUUUAGUUGCAGAAAUGGUGAAUGAAGCUAGUAAGGCUCUUGCUGAAGAGGAAGACAUCGCAGCUGAUGCACCAGAGGAAUUCCUUGAUCCAAUCAUGUCACAUUUAAUGACUGAUCCAGUUAUACUUCCAUCAUCAAAGUUAACAUGUGACCGGCAGACCAUUGCACGACACCUUUUGUCAGACCAGACGGAUCCUUUCAAUCGCCAGCCACUCACUAUGGAAGAAGUCUUUCCUGACACUGACCUCAAGAACAAAAUUACAGCGUGGUUAAAGCAGCAGCGGGCAUUAAGAACAAAGAAGACCCAGGAUGUGGAACUAGAAAACUCAAUAAUGAAGAAGUAAACGUUAAAAGUUUUAUAAUCUUUUCAUUGCUAGUUGAGGGCCCUGCACCUUCUCCUAGAAAAUGUGCUUGGGUUUCCAUUCCUGUGCUGAUCUUGCAAGAAAAAAACAAAAAAACAAAAAAAAGAUGGAAAAAUAUCCUCCCCUUUUGUACAAAAUAAAGAUCUAUAUACUGUAUAAAUAAUUGUAUAUCAAAUAAGAUGACACUGAUUUGUUGUACAAUACUGUAUUACAAAUGGUGUUGUUUAUUAUUGUUUUGCUUUUUAUGAUGGAGCUUUUUUUUGUUGACUUGUUUAAAAUCAAAGGAACUGUUACUUUAUAUGUUUUGAUAUUAUCAGUUAACAGUAAUUCUACAUUCCUCUUUGGUUUUAUGAGGCGAAAAUGUUAAAUAAAUUUUGUUAUUU